UGAAAACUCGAUCUGGUUGGUGGUUCAGGCGACCUCGGGCGUGGGCGUGUUUCUAACAUUCACACAGUAUUCGGAGUGGUAGCGGUCCGUUGUUGCAUGUUAGCAUUUAAUUUCAGGGACUUUCGAGUUAUUUAACUGACGUUAGUACUUUACCUGUUUGUAGAUAUUUUUCUUAAUAAACAGGAAAAAUUGACAGCGAUGUCUCGAGCGCAAGACAGUGACAGCGAUGACGCGAUGGACGAGUUUAUGGAGAAAUUUAGAAAAGAGAAAUACAAAGGUGCUUUUAACGUGGACAACUGGGAGGAGGAGUUUGAGAAGGUGCCCAUGUUCAUGAAGACAGCCCCAAAGGAAAUUGACCCCAAGGAGCACCCAGAUUUAGCUUGCUUGCAGUCCAUCAUCCACGAUGAUGACAGACCACCUGAGGAACAAGCAAAGGCACUCAAGGAUGAGGGGAAUGAAUAUUUCAAGGAGAAGAAUUACAAGAAGGCUAUAGUGUCCUACAGCGAGGCUCUGAAGAAGAAGUGCACUGACACUGACCUCUGUGCUGUCCUCUAUACCAACCGGGCAGCUGCCCAUUUCCAUCUGGGUAACAUGCGUUCUGCUUUAAAUGAUUCUUUAGCAGCUAAGAAGCUGAAACCAGAUCACGUUAAAGCCUUGAUAAGAGGUGCCCAGUGCUGCGUGAAGCUGGGGAAUUUCAGCGAGGCCCUGCAGUGGUGUGACGAGGGCCUCGGAGUCCAUGCGAAGGACGUCACGCUGCAGGAGCUACGGGCGACGGCGGACAAGCUCAAGAGGACGGCGGAGAGAGAUGCCCGAAAGUCUAAGGUGAAAGAGAAAAAGGAACGUGUGGAAAGAGAAGCUCUUCUUGGGGCCAUCAGGGAGCGUGGGAUUAAACUGUUAAAGCCAGAUAAGCCCUCAAAGCACUGUUCCGACAGUGAGGAAGAGGAUGUAGGUUCUACACGAGCUUUGGCAGAACUGGACCUCAAUGAUCUCUGCUCCCAAGAAGCCACUGGAUUCAAAGUGCACCUGGAUGAGCAAGGUGUCCUUCACUGGCCUGUCCUCUUCCUGUACCCAGAGCAUGGGCAGACGGACUUCAUCUCCUCCUUCAACGAGAAUGACAGGUUUAUUGAUCAUCUAACAGUCAUGUUUGGGGAAGAACUUCCCCCCUGGGACACAGAAAAGAAGUACCAACCCCGAAACCUAGAGCUUUACUUUGAUGAUGAAAGAGGACAGCUUCUUCAGCUGGAAAAUGAGAUGUCCCUCCUCAGGGUUCUGCAGAACGACAGGUGUUUAGUGAAGGAAGGCACGCCCAGUUUCAUCGUCCUCGUCAGAGAUUCUGCGUUCUGCAAGAGUUUUUUGUCAGGGAAGAAAGUUCACAGACUGAAAUGAAGCUUUAUCUGAAACGGCUCACAAACUCUGUUUCCUGGAGGUAGAGGCUACCAGUUAGCCGUCUGCAUGCGCAACUCAACACCCCUGUUUACCAUGCUAAUGAACAUAAAUCAUAAAUGUCAAACAUCACUACAGUACUUGCCGCUGUGUGACAUCAUCCUUCUCAUUGUAUGUAGUGUAAGAUUUAUGUAAAUCAUAAGUGAUAAUUUAUGGCUAUUACAGUCCACAAUUUACAGUAAAAGUUUAUAAAAACUGGUUUAAAUGAUAAAAAGCUUGCUACAAUAAUGUACAUUCUACAAUUAUCUUCAUUUGUAUGGAUUAAAUGUUGCAUUCACCUCUGCUUGUUGUACUCUGCGCUAAGCGCGUAUUUUAAUUUAGGUCGUAUACUUUUAUAAUAUUAUACUGCCAUCUAGUGGUGGCUAAAGUUAAAAGCGGUGCCUUCGUGCUUCCAAAAUGUUUGCUGUGACAUAAGGAAAGACGUUAUUUUAAUGCCUAAUAAUUUCCCAGUGGUUGCGAGUAAUUGAAACGUCAUUAAACUGUAGAUGAUAAUUAAUUUAAGCUAGGUUUAUAGUGGCACACGUAUUGAUUGUGUACCGUUCGAAACAAGUGAUUAGAUUUACUGACGCGGGCGUUGCGUGUAUUCACAAGCAGAAGUUCAACACGGAAAGCAUUACGGUUUUUGAUGGGUACGACCGAUACUGCUUACAAUCAAUCGUAAUCGGCGCCCUGAUAACAUUUUGGUUUCCCAGUAAAGUACACCAGCACUGGACAGAGAACUUAGUUGAUAAGACGAGGACAGUCUGUAAACCCUAGCUGCCAAACAGGCACAUUUUACGUGGCAGAAACACUUCGCAGUAACUCAGUUACUAACGAAGUCCAAAUCAUGAACAAAUAGUUGUUGCUUGAGAGAAAAGAUGCGUCCUGGUCCAUUAACGAAGAAAACGUCAGAUCGGUAUUUCACUUUUGUUAUUCGUUGCUUAAUUGUUCCUUCAGUAGUUCACAAAGGUUUACAGAUUUAACAGAUAUAGUAACUGAUUGUGAUAAAACAUGCAUCAUUAUUCACUGAUGAUGAAUUAACAUGAGAUCAGUAUGUAACUAAGACUUAGUUUGUGGUUAUUUAGUACAUAAGUAAUAAAACAAUACUGUAUUAUUUGUACCCCGUUGGGUAAAGUGCUACCGGGCUAAGAAAAACAGUAGGUACGGCUAUAGGGAUAUUUAUUGCUACAAAUAUGCGGUCAUAAUCAGUAGUAUUAUAGUAUACCGAAGUUCAUUUAUGAUGUUUAAUUAAUCUUACAUCUUUAUUUUAUAUUGUGCAAAUUAGCGCAUUGCAUUUGUUUUACAACUGUUCCCAAUAUGUGAUAUGUUCGCAGUUUUAAUACAGUAAUUGCCAAAAUAAUUUCAGAACAAAUUCUGUGUGUAGCGUGACAAUAUGGUGCGCAUAUUCACCCGGCCGGUGUCUCCGCCUCAUCUCCUAGUUGUGUGAAUAGCCCUAUUUCUGCAUACGUGCUUUCCUUGAGUUUCAGAUGAACUAAUAUACUUGUACAAUGAAUUAAAUUUAAGGCCAGUUUGAACUGUAAUAAACACUGAUUAAUCGAA